AUGUGUUCCGCACAUGAAACAGAGGAUUUCGAGGCAUUAUGUGCCCACGACAUGAAACUGCUGGAGACGGGAGAGUUUUCUGACUUCACUGUCAUUUGCGACGAUCAGACUUGGAAGGCUCAUAAGAUUAUUCUCUGUCGCGUGGACUACUUCGAGAAAAUCAUCACGAAUGGAUUCAAGGAAUCGCAGGAGAACCAGAUCAACAUCCAGAGCUUUGAGCCCUUCGAGAUCAAUCUCCUGCUUCAGUACAUCUACCAUCCUAAGAUCGACGCCGAAGAUGCUAGCUUGCAGAUCCCGUCUCACUCCUUUCUCGAAACCUGUGUCCGUCUGUGGCAGCUGGGAGACUACUACAGAAUGGAGGCACUGGCUACGACAGCUUUCGACCAGCUGAAGGGCCGACUUCAACGCUAUCACCAGCAAUCCGGUCAUUUGGUCGAAAUGCUGAAGGGUCUCCCCUUUCUGUUCGACUUGGAGUGUGGGAUCCGUGCAGCAUGGGACCCCGAAAAAGCCGCAGGACCUCACCGAACUUGGUUGGCCUUAUUUUGCCAAUCUAUCGGCCACUACCUUCGAAAGUACCCCACGAUCAUCACACUGUUCGACGUUUUCCCAGAAUUCGCUUCCGAAUUUAGCAAGGCUGUCAUUGGCUGUUUUCUCGACCACUCUGGCAAAUUUCAGGGGCCAUAUGAGCGAGAAUGUGACGGAUGCCACGCACUUGUGCAGUUGGAUCAUGAAGACAUGUGGGAACCUGGUACAAAUCAGGUAAUUUACCACCCAUCGGGCUCUCUCGCAGUGCUAGAUGGUGUUGUUGAUGAUGUGUGUUGCUCGAGAGAAUGCCUUGAGAAAGUGAUAUCCCCCGAACUCGUGCACCCUGAUUGCGAGAUAUGCGAGGAAAUCGGGGCUCAGGAGGAUUAA